CGGUCGUGUGUACUUCUGAGUCUCCGCCACACCUACUGGUGUUCUGCUGUAUCUGCCCUUCGCGCAUGUUUUACCAGAUCGUAGCUCAACUUCUGCUGGCGGCGGCGGCGGCGCUGGUGUUAUUAAAGUCUUGGAGCUCCAAGCUCGUAUUGGACAAUAUCCCUGGUCCUCCUAGGCAGUCAUGGUUUCGAGGUAACCUGGAGCAGUUCUUCUCUCGCCAUGGUAUGGACUUUCGAAGACAUGUCGCAACUGCCUACGGCUCAAUUGUGAAGUUGCAUGGUAUUAUGGGACUGCGAGCGGAUGUUGUAUGUUGCAGAUCCAAAGGCAUUGCACCACAUCCUGCUCAAGGAUGAACAGAUCUACCCAGAGUCGAACCAGACUAUCGUGUUGAACAGCUUGCUAUUGGGGCCCGGACUGCUGAGCACCCUAGGCGAGUUGCACAAGAGACAAAGGAGGAUGCUGAACCCCGCAUUCUCCGUCUCACACAUUCGGAGCAUGUUGCCGCUAUUUUACGAGAUAGUACAUAAGCUGCGCAAUGCCAUCAAAUCUGAAGUAGUCAACGGUGCGAAGGAAGUCGACAUACUGAACUGGAUGGGACGCGUGGGUCUUGAGCUGAUUGGACAAGGUGGUUUUGGAUAUUCCUUCGACCCAUUGGUUGCGGAUGUUCAGGAUGACUACGGAUAUGCGUUGAAGUCCUUCAGUACUCAUUUACAAGGGAUAUCGGCAUGGCUGCGCCUUUUGCCGUACUUUGUGCACAUUGGCCCACCAUGCUUCCGCGCAUGGGUGACGGAGAUUUUCCCAAAUCCAAAUGUUCGAGGCCUCAAGGUCGUCAUCGACACAAUGGACCGGAUGUCCAAAGAAAUUUACCAUGCAAAGCAAGCUGCAAUUCAACAAGGCGACGAGGCAACGAUACAUCAAGUUGGAGAGGGGAAAGACAUCAUGAGCAUUCUCAUGAAAGCUAAUAUGACGGCAGCGGAAAAUGACAAGCUGCCGCAAUCGCAGCUGAUCGCGCAAAUGUCGACGUUUACGAUAGCCGGCAUGGACACGACUUCAAAUGCUCUUUCCCGCACCCUGCAAUCGCUGGCAAAGCAUCCUCAUGUUCAGGAUAAGCUUCGCGAAGAACUUCUGAAGUCCGGUGCUGCUGAAGGGAUUCCAUAUGACGAUUUGAACCGCUUGCCGUUACUGGAUGCAGUAUGCCGAGAGACGUUGCGCCUCUAUCCGCCUGCUACUUUUGUUGCGCGAGCGCCAGUCCAGGGCGUCGUUCUUCCUCUGUCAGAGCCGAUCGUUGGAAACGAUGGAAAUACCAUGAGCGAGGUUGCCAUCCCGAAGGGCACGGAUUUGAUUAUUAGUGUGCUUGGUUGCAAUGCCAAUAAGGCUUUGUGGGGCGAGGACUCGUUUGAGUGGAAGCCCGAGCGUUGGCUCUCUACUCUGCCCAAGGGCGUCAUCGAAGCUGGUAUACCUGGCGCUUAUUCUAACCUGAUGACAUUCAUGGGGGGAAAACGAGCAUGCAUCGGCUUCAAAUUUUCCGAGAUGGAGAUGAAGGUUGUAUUGGCGGUUUUGCUUUCCAUCUUCACAUUUGAAUUGACGGAGAAGCCGAUCGAAUGGAAUGUGUCAGGCGUCUCCUAUCCGACCGUUGGGAAACAGAGUAACAAGCCAUCUCUGCCGUUGAGGGUCCGCUUAUUCAAUGACAUGGCAGCGUAGCCCCUAGCAACGUUUAAGAGUAGAUAAGUGCUCAACGCAGACACCUCUCCCCUUGCUUACUCAUCUUUUGCAAAGCAGUUGUACG